CUCCGAGCUCAUCCCAUUCGGUUCGAUCAGUAUUGUCUGUGCGACCGAGAACCAGCAAGUGUUCUCUUCGAUAUUUCAAUCAAUUUAAAUAUGUAUUUGACGAAGAGUAAACUAAUUUAAUCUUGCGUCGGAGCACUAUUAUUCUGCCAUUUACAAAGACUAAAGGAUAGUUUUAAAACCAGAUUCAUUAUCGCUAUGUAGAUGUCUCGGUUGGAGUACUAGGAACGGGAGGACACUGAUCUGUGUUCCAAGAUGAGUGGGACCAACGCGGCGUCUGGAGCGGCGCCCUGCCGCUUCGCUCACUACUUUGUGAUAUGCGGAAUAGACACCGAAACUGGGCUGGAACCGGACGAAUUAGCCGCUUUGUACCAAUGGCUAGAGGCUGACCGCCAAGGCAGGGACCCCGAUACAGCAGCCACAGGGGAGAACUUUGAGCAGAGCCCCCUGAAGAGGACGUUUAAGUCUAAAGUCCUGGCCCACUACCCUGAGAACGUUGAGUGGAACCCUUUCGACCAGGAUGCUGUCAACAUGCUCUGUAUGCCCAAAGGCCUGUCGUUCAGGACACAGGCAGACAGCCGCGAGCCCCAGUUCCACUCCUUCCUGAUCACGCGGGAGGAUGGCUCUCGCACCUACGGCUUCGUCCACACCUUCUACGAGGAGGUGACGUCGCCUCAGAUCUGCUCGGCCAUGCAGACCCUCUACCAGAUGCACCAGGCUGAGAACCCUUCCUCCGCCACCCCCUCCUCCUCUUCCUCCUCCAGCAUGGACUCUCUGGCUAGCAGCCUCGACGAAGCAGAUUCUCCAUCUUCCUCCUCGUGCCGGUCGGCGGCGUGCGGCGGCUACGACGCGUCGCGGGACACCCUCUACGUCUCCAAGGCGUUGUGUCUGAUCACGCCCAUGCCCUUCAUGCACGGCUGCCGCCGUUUCCUGUCCCAGAUGCACCGGGCCGUCACGGCCGCCUCGCCCCCGCCCCUCCCCCUGGAGAGCUACGUGCACAACAUCCUGUACGAGGUGCCCCUGCCCCCUCCGGGGCGCUCGCUGAAGUUCCACGGGGUGUACGAGCCCAUCGUGUGUCAGCGUCCUGGGCCCGGGGAGCUGCCUCUGGCUGACUUCCCUCUGGGCCAGACCUUUACUCUGCUGGGGGUAGAGAACCUGGUGCAGCUGUUCAACUGUACCCUGCUGGAGAUGCAGAUUCUGCUCUACUCACAGGACUACCAGCGGUUGAUGACAGUUGCGGAGGGCAUCACCACCCUGCUCUUCCCGUUCCAGUGGCAGCAUGUCUACGUGCCCAUCCUACCCGCCUCACUGCUGCACUUCCUGGAUGCCCCCGUGCCCUACCUCAUGGGCCUGCAGUCCAAGGAGGGCACCGACCGCUCCAAACUAGAGCUGCCACAGGAGGCUAACCUGUGCUUCGUGGACAUUGACAACCACUGCAUCGAGCUGCCUGAGGACUUCCCCCAGUUCCCUAACAAACCAGAGUUCAUCCAGGAGCUCAGUGAAGUCCUCCUCCGCUAUGGAAUAUCCCCAGUGGGGGGCGCUCCUCCAACCUCUGUCCCCACCACCACCACCCCUGGGUCCGUCUCUACCCGUCACCCUGGUCUGAAGAGCCAACAGGCCCUGAGGGAGCUAGAGGACGAUGGGAGGAAUGGGAACCUAGGAGGGGAACAGUUAGCUGUGUUGGAGCUUCUCCAAGGGAACGCUACUCUGGAAAGACUCCAGGCUCUGGCUAAGAGAACGGGGGUCCGUGUGGAAGCCCUGAGGGGGGUAGGGGGUGAGGGAGAGGGCCAGGGGGGGAGGACGGCAGUCGAAGAGGAGGAGCUGAGGAACGCUAAGCUGAAUGUACAGCUGAGGGAGGUGUUCGCUAGCAGGUUUACCACAAUGUUCGCGGACUAUGAGGCCUUCGUCAUCCAAAGCGCUCCGGACCUGGAGUCCUGGCUCACCAACCGAGAGCAGAUGCACAACUUUGAUAAGGCAUCCUUCCUGUCUGACCAGCCAGAGCCCUACCUGCCCUUCCUGUCCCACUUCAUCGAGACCCAGAUGUUCGCCACCUUCAUCGACAACAAGAUCAUGUCCCAAUGGGAGGAGAAGGAGCCGCUGCUCCGCGUGUUCGACGGACGCAUCGAUAAAGCUCGUCUAUACAAUGUUAGAGCCCCAAGUCUGAGAUCCUCCAACUACCAGAGGUGCACCGUCCUCAAGGAGUCAGCCCAGGCCAUCGAACAGCGGCUGAUGAAGAUCGACCACACAGCCAUCCACCCCCACCUGUUGGAUAUGAAGAUUGGACAGGGCAAAUAUGAACAGGGCUUCUUCCCCAAGCUGCAGUCUGACGUGCUCUCAGUCGGACCCACCAAUAACAACAGGUGGUCCAAUCGUACCGCUACGGCUCAGCGUAGGAAAGACCGUCACAGACAACAAACAGAACACCUGACUCUAGAUAACGACCUCAAAGAGCAGGUAGAGGGGUGUCUAGUCCUGCAGAACUCCAUGGCGUUUUGGGAGUGGGACAAGGCGUCUCCCCCGCCCCUCAAACCACCAAAAAAGUCUGCCUCUGAGUGCUGCCUGAAGUACAUGCAGGAGGCUCGGAGCCUGGGGAAGAACCUCCGUCAGCCCAAGCUGUCUGACCUCUCACCUGCCGUCAUCGCUCAGACCAACUGGAAGUUUGUAGAGGGACUACUCAAGGAGUGUCGCAUGAAGACUAAGCGUAUGUUGGUGGAGAAGAUGGGCAGGGAGGCGGUGGAGCUGGGUCAUGGGGAGGCCAACAUCACAGGUCUGGAGGAGAACACUCUCAUCGCCUCCCUCUGUGACCUGCUGGAGAGGAUCUGGAGCCACGGCCUACAAGUCAAACAGGGGAAGUCAGCUCUGUGGUCCCAUCUUCUGCACUACCAGGCCAGAGAGGAGAAACUGGAGCAGCAUCAGGCAGAGUCACCAGUGUCAAAUGGUCCAGAGAGACGAAAGUCUGAGUCGUCAAUAGGGAUGCCAUCACUGCGAGCGUCCGUCAUACAGGAUAUGAGGCACAUCCAGAGUAUGGGGGAGAUAAAGACUGAUGUGGGCAGAGCGAGGGCCUGGAUCCGUCUUUCUCUGGAGAAGAAGCUACUCUCCCAACACCUCAAACAGCUGCUGUCCCGCCAAGCCUUAACCAAGAAGUUGUAUAAGCGCUACGCCUUCCUGCGCUGUGAGGAGGAGAAGGAGCAGUUCCUGUUUCACCUGCUCUCCCUCAACACUGUCGACUACUUUUGUUUCACCAGUGUCUUCACCACCAUCAUGAUCCCGUACCGCGCCGUCAUCAUCCCCAUCAAGAAGCUGAGCAACGCCAUGACGACCUCCAACCCGUGGGUGUGUGUGUCGGGUGAGCUGGGUGACUCGGGCGUCAGGCAGAUCACCAAGAACAUCCUGGAGAUGACCUUCGAUUCUGCUUUCAGGCCACACACUCACAUCGACGCCAUGUUCAAGUGUCAAAACAUGGGUAAGCUGACUACAGUCCAGUUGGGUCAUGAUAACUCUGGGCUGCUGGCUAAAUGGUUGGUGGACUGUGUCAUGGUCCGCAACGAGAUCACAGGACACACCUACAAGUUCCCGUGUGGGCGGUGGCUUGGCAAAGGCGUGGACGACGGCAGUCUGGAGCGCGUUCUGAUUGGUGAGCUGGCGUUGCCCAACGCCGAUGAGGAUUUUGGGAGAGGGUGUCGCACGCCCGACAUGCAGCAUUCGCCGGGUCAGACCAGACGCGUCAGCAUCACCUCGAUGGGAGGACGCGGAUACAAGCCCACCUCAGCUCAAAUCCAGGAGGCCAUCGGCGAGGCAGUGAACAGCAUCUGCAAGCACUUCCACAAGCCUGAGAAAGAGAGGGGCAGUCUGACCAUCCUGCUGUGUGGUGAGGUCGGUCUGGUCGGGGCUCUGGAGCUGUUCUUCCACAACGGCUUCAAGUCCGCCCGCCUCUUCCAGAAGACUGUCUUUGUCUGGGACUUUGUGGAGAAGGCGGUGGCUUACAUGGAGUCAGCAGACCAGAUGGGGGACAUGCAGGAGACUGCUGAGCCCCUGGGCCUGACCUGUGUCUCUCUCUGUCACUAUGUCAGUGCCAUCAACUCCUCGCCCAGGAACAUUGGCAAGGACGGCAAGUUCCAGCUGCUUGUCUGCCUGGGGGCCAGAGAUCGUCUGCUGAUUCAGUGGCUCCCUCUGUUGGUGGAGUGUCCAGUGAUCCAGCGGAUGUACGAGGAGUCUGCUCUGCUGCGGGACCGGACCACAGUCAACGCUCUCAUCGCUGUCCUGCAGACCCUCCACGACUUCCCCAUCACCCUGGAGGCCUCGCUUGUCAAGGGCAUCGACCUUUAACCCUUACCGCACAGCCUGCUGGGAAACCACCCAGCCCGUGACUACAUUACCCACAAACCCUUGCUCGGUUCCCUUUUGCCCUUUCACUGUUGUUGUUGUUGAGGCAUGCUUCAGCUGAUUCACUCUGGGAAAAGUCACCUCAUAGGGAGGAAGUAGGAAGUGAGGACUAUGUAAAGAGACGAGAUGGUUCGCUACCAAAGCAAUCGAUUCCACUGCUGCAGAGCAGAAGCUUGGGCUUUGGAUCAUUGAGUGAUGAUGCAGUAUUAUUAUUACGUAGUUUGUGGUUUUGAAAACGAUCCUUUUUGAUAUUUAGUAAGAAGGGACCGUUUUUAAAGAAAACCCAUGGAUGUUCCACUAUGUGCUAGAUGUGUGUAGCCCACUGUAGGUAGCUCUUCAAUGGACACUUAGCCUGUGUGAUGGAGAUCCUAUCUCUCUGUCUGCUGGAUCCUGCUCCAACUUCAGCUAGCGUUAGCAAGCAUGCCUGUGGAUCAUAGUCAGCCAGGAAAAAGGAAACCAAAACAGAAGGUGACUGUUUGCCCCUGCUGCCUCUCCAUAGUCUCUGCACUAGGAAUAUCUGUGGGUGAAACCUCAUCAUUUGGAUGAAGAUGACAACAAAGGAAAGGAGAACUGGAUUCAUCUGCUUUCAGCACUACACUGAGGUGUGUGUAACACAGAUUUUUGAUUGGAUGUUGGCUCAUUUCUCUGUUGGACUGGAUUCACCUACUGUGUUGGACUGAACAUUUGCUCUGCUUUGAGAUUGGCUAGCAGAUCUUGGUGGACACAACCACUGCACUGGAUUGGAUAAGUCUUUCCUAGGAGGACAGCGGCUUUUCUAGGGUUGCGUGGACAUUCCAACCAAAUUACCGGCAUUGACCUGACCCUAUUUCAAACUGCGUGUGUGCGUGUGUAUGUACAGAGUGUCCAAAACCAUUAAGAACACCUUCCUAAUAUUGAGAUUUGGGGCACCUCCCCCUUUUGCCCUCAGAACAGCCUGAAUUCAUCGGGGCAUGGACUAUACAAGGCGUGAAAUGUUCCACAUGUUGACUACAAUGCUUCCCACAGUUGUCAAGUUGGCUGGAUGUCCUUUGGGUGGUGGACCAUUCUUGAUACACAUGGGAAACUGUUGAGCGUGAAAAACCCAGCAGUAUUGCAGUUCUUGACACGAACCAGAGCGCCUGGCACCUGCUACCAUACCUUCAAAGAACUGUAAAUAUUUUGUCUUGCACAUUCACCUUCUGAAUUGCACACGUAUAUAAUCCAUAUCUCAAUUGUCUCAAGGCUUAAAAAUCAUUGUUUAACCUGUUUCUUCCCCUUUAUCUACACUGAUUGAAGUGGAUUUAACAAGUGACAUCAAUAAGGGAUCAUAGCUUUCACCUGGAUUCACCUGGUCAGUCUGUCAUGGAAAGAGCAGGUGUUGGUAAUGUUUUGUACACUCAGUGAAUGUCUUCUGUUAUUUUUACAUUAUGAAUUGUAAUGGUCAAUGAAUUCAAUUUCAUCCUGGUUUCUGUCAUGCACAGUUUGUGUGUGUGUGUGUGGUCUGUCAGAUCUGUGUGAUUAUUGAUCUCAAAUUGACAUUUUAGGACAGUUUCCUAAUCUUGACAAGCAUCACUGUGUGGUAUUGAAAUGUUCCAGCCCCUUAUUUAAUGUGAUUCAUGUGAAAUACAGUGGAAUAUAAAACAAUUGCAAUAAGAACCUAACCAUACGACCCCUAAUGAUGUAUUUAUCAUAAAUGCCUCAAACCUUCCUAUGAUAAGUGGUUCUUUUCUGUGUUAACUCCUUCUGGGACUAUUUCUAGCUGGUUGUAUUUUUCAAUCUAAAAUAGAUCUCUUGCCACUUUUUCAAUCAACCUUGAUGAACAUGUUCCUAUAUUUCUGUAACAACAAGUGUAAAUAUGACGUUUAUGCAUGUGUACUAAAAAAAGGGUGAUCAAAAUACCAGACAAUGGAUUUGAACCCAACCAAAAGGGAAAACAACUGACAGAUUCCUAAUCACAAUUUUAACUCAGUGUUUCAACCACAGUACUUAUGGUUUGUUUUUUUCUCCAGUAUUAACCCAGAAAAGGACAGAGCAUUUGUUUUUAAUGUUCUGAUUUGAUGUAUUUAUUCUUAGAAACUGUGGUAGUGAUCAAGAAACUUUGAGACACUGUUUGCGACCGGGGCAAAGAGCCACCUGUGAAAUAUUUGGACAUUUCAUUCUGUAUGUUGAUCCUUGUGACUUUCCUUCUGUAACAUUCACAGUUUGGUCCUGCGACUAGGUUCCUACUGUCUUAUGUAUCACGGAUUCCAACAAUAACAAACCUAUCUACCUGUAUGUAUAAGAAGCCACAAACGUAGGAGGAUGAUCGACCAUAUGUAUAGGUGUUUUUAGUGCAUUGCUGUGAGAAAGGUGUCUGUCUAGUGGAGAGAGAAUAGGGUCCCUCUUUGCAUCUCCUAAAGUGCUUACUUCAUGCGGUGUGCUCUGCUAUUCGGCUGUAUACUUUCUCUUAACACACUGCUACAGCUAGACUCAUUCAGUAGUCCUGUACUUUACUUCUGUCUUUGUUACAUAAACCUGUGUGACACCCCCCCCCCCCCCCCCCGUCCUAAUGUUACCAGGUAGGCAAUGCGACUACUGAACCUUUUCUUUCCCACAAGUGCAGACGUAAACUGUAUGUCCAGUGGGAGGAGAUCAUGUAAUGAAUGGAGUCCUAUGUCCAUAUAAGAGUCAAUGAUCACUGUUCUGUUCUGAUAUUUAUGAUGCGCUUCAUUAAACAUUUGCUCAAUAUGUUAAA